GGCGCGGAGGGGGGGGGGAGGCGGGGGAGGAGGCGGGGCGGAGGAGAGCGGAGGACCGCCCGCCCCAGCCGGGCCCCGGGACCGCCCGCCCCAGCCCGGCCCCGGGACCGCCCGCCCCAGCCGGGCCCCGGGAGCGCCGGGCCCUUCCCCAGUACCGUCCCCAGGGGCGGGCGAGUCCCAGGGCCAUGUGGCAGGUCACUGUCCGCUCCCUGCGCCGGGUGAGCUCCCGUGGUCGGCAGAGGCAGCUGCCCUGGCCCAGCCCCCGGCGGAUCUCCGGGGCGGCCUCGGCCCGCCGCCUCUCCUCCAUGGCCCCUUCCAUCCGCCUCUCGCCCGCCGCCCGCAGCCUCUUCGACGAGCCGCUGGCCAUCGCCGUGCGAGGCCUCGGCCCGCGGCAGCCGGUCACGCUGCGGACAUCCCUGCGGGACGAGACGGGCGAGCUCUUCCAGGCCUGCGCCCGCUACCAGGCGGGGGACGACGGGGAGCUGGACCUCGCCCGCUGCCCAGCGCUGCCGGGGGGCAGCUUCUCCGGCCUGGAGCCCAUGGGGCUGCUCUGGGCUUUGCAGCCCCAGCAGCCCUUCUGGCGGCUGGUGAAGAAGGACGUGCAGCAGCCCUACCUCCUGCAGCUGGAGGUGUUGGAGGGCCACGGGGACCCCCCCGGGCGGCCCCUGGCCCAGGCGCAGCAUGAGCGGGUGUUCCUGCAGGACGGGGUGCGCAGGGUGCCGGUGCGAGAGGGGAGGAUCCGGGCGACGCUUUUCUUGCCCCGCGGAAACGGUCCCUUUCCGGGAAUUAUUGACUUGUAUGGAACUGGAGGAGGACUCCCUGAAUACAGGGCAUGCCUGCUGGCCAACUAUGGCUUUGCUGUGCUGGCUUUGGCUUUCUACAGGUAUGAAGAUCUCCCCAGAGAUAUGAAGGAAUUAGACCUGGAAUAUUUUGAAGAAGCCAUAAACUAUAUGUUACAACACACCCAGGUUAAAGGCCCUGGGAUUGGGUUGCUUGGAAUCUCGAAGGGGGGUGAGCUGUGCAUCUCCAUGGCCUCCUUCCUAAAGGGCAUCACGGCCACUGCCGUUAUCAACUGCUCAGUGGCAAAUGUGGGCGCAGUGCUCCGCUACAAGGACAUCACCAUUCCACCCCUUGGUGUCGAUACAAAACGCAUCAAGUUCAAUGAGUCCGGGGUUGCUGAUGUUGUCGAUGUGCUGAACAACCCCCUAGAAGGGCCUGACCGACAAAGCUUCAUCCCUUUGGAGAGGGCUGAGUGUCAGUUCUUGUUCAUCGUUGGCCGGGAGGAUCGUAACUGGAAGAGUGAAUUCUUUGCAGUUGAGGGGAGCAAACGUUUGCAAGCUCACGGGAGGGAAAAGCCUGAGAUGGUCUGUUAUCCUGGAGCAGGGCACUACAUUGAACCCCCCUUUUUCCCGAUGUGUGCAGCCUCAAUGCAUGCGCUAGUUGGCCGGCCUGUGGUGUGGGGAGGAGAGCCCAAGGCACACUCUGAGGCACAGAUAGAUGCUUGGCAGCGGAUCCAAGCUUUCUUCCACAAACAUCUCAUGGGCAAGCCAUCUGCAACAUCCAGUCAGCUGUGAUGUGAGUUAGGUUACUUUACAGAUGAAAAUGUUAGUGUUUCAAGUUCGUUUUGUUAAAUAGCUCUGAAGGUGAACAAAUUACAUCAGAAAAUGAA